UCGCCCUCGGCCGGCGGCCCGCCUCGGCGCGGCCUAUAAAGGGUCCUGGUCGGCCAGCGCUGCCCCCUCUCUGCUCGCAGCCUCCGAGGAGGGAAGAGGAAGGGAGGGGGGCGCGGGAAAAAAACCCUAAAAAGAAAAAAAAGACUUAAAAACAGCAAAAGAGAAAAAAAACCAAAGGAAAAAACUGAUUAUAACAAACAGGAAUAAGGAGGAGGGUAAUUAAUUUAAUAAUAAUAAUAAUAUAAUUAAGCAAUUGUUAAUUGCGCGGGGGCCGCUUUUGGCUGACGUUUCUCUGCCUGCCUGUCCGUCUGUCUGUCUUUGCCUGUAAUCCCCAAAUCUGCCUCGUGAUUUUUCUUCCCCCCUCAAUCGUCUUUGGUGUGUCUUUUCCCCCUCAACACCCCCCCCCGUAUUUAUUCCUAUUUAUUUUCACCUCGCCUCUAAUCUCGCCCCACCUUCCGCCACCCUAGAAUCGCUUUCCCCCACCCGGCCCGCCCAGAGAGGGUAGGAACCGCGUUCCCCCCCCCCUUCACCUUCCUUGAAGCCGGAGCCCAGGUUUAUCUGCCGCCUCCCCAGUUCAUUGCCGCCCCUGCGCCUUGUCUGCAGGUGGUUCUCUUGCCGCCGGCGCCCCACUUUCCGCGCACUUUCUCCUCUCCUUUCCUACCACCCUUCGUUCUCCCUCUUAAUGACUGACUGUCUCUCGCUUCGUCUUGAUCUGCUUGGCCUUCUCUACUGUUUUCCUGCCCUUUAAAAUUACUGAAGUUUUUUUUUUAAAAAAAAGAAAUAAAGCCAUACCAGGCCUUGCUUGAUACAUAUUGUUGUCUUUUUAAACCAGAUUUUAUCUGUGUUGCGUAAGUAGUUUUAUAGGGGCAACAGCUGUUAGUUAUUUAUUUAAAAUGGCGCAGGGUUAUUGACCCCUGCUCCUAAAAAGUUACCCUUUUAAUAUCUGGAAGACAGGGAAAGAAGUUAGUCCUGAAGUAUUAAACUACAAGUUUAAAAUACAAUCAACAAUUGCUCAUUUUGCAUGGGAAAGAUUUACGAGGUUUUUUUAAAAUGCAGAAUUGGAAAUUUCAUUUAAAAAAAUAUAUUUAAACUGCUUUUUGAAACAUAUCUAUUUCAGGUCCCUGAACUUAGUUUUCUGUGCAAAUCUCUUAUAGCUGAUUUCCCUUAUUUUCCAAUAAGUUUUAAAAAAAUAAAUAUAUAUUAAAAAUACUUUAAAAAAAAGUUUAACAUAAGCAUCUGGGCCUCUGUGUGGGAUAGUGAAAGAUGAACACAGCUGCUAGUAGCUACCCGAUGGCAUCUCUGUAUGUGGGUGACCUGCACCCUGAUGUCACCGAAGCCAUGCUGUAUGAGAAGUUCAGUCCUGCAGGUCCUGUGCUCUCCAUCCGUGUCUGCAGAGACAUGAUAACCCGCCGCUCCCUAGGAUAUGCAUAUGUUAACUUUCAGCAACCAGCUGAUGCUGAGCGAGCCCUGGACACCAUGAACUUUGAUGUGAUCAAAGGGAAACCCAUCCGCAUCAUGUGGUCUCAGCGUGAUCCUUCCCUGAGGAAAUCAGGUGUAGGGAAUGUCUUUAUUAAGAACCUGGACAAAUCCAUAGACAACAAGGCACUUUAUGACACUUUCUCGGCUUUUGGGAAUAUACUUUCUUGCAAGGUGGUGUGUGACGAGAAUGGCUCUAAGGGCUAUGCCUUUGUGCACUUUGAGACACAGGACGCUGCGGACCGGGCCAUUGAGAAGAUGAAUGGCAUGCUGCUGAACGACCGCAAAGUAUUUGUUGGGAGAUUUAAAUCCCGUAAAGAGCGUGAGGCAGAAUUGGGAGCCAAAGCAAAGGAGUUCACCAACGUCUACAUUAAAAACUUUGGGGAUGACAUGGAUGACGAACGGCUGAAGGAGCUUUUCAGCAAAUACGGUAAGACCCUCAGCGUUAAAGUCAUGACAGAUCCCACUGGGAAGUCGAAAGGCUUUGGUUUUGUGAGCUUUGAGAAGCAUGAAGAAGCCAACAAGGCAGUGGAAGAAAUGAAUGGAAAAGAUAUCAAUGGGAAAAUGGUGUUUGUGGGCCGGGCACAGAAGAAAGUGGAGCGCCAGGCAGAGCUGAAAAGGAAAUUUGAGCAGCUUAAACAAGAGAGAAUCAGCCGGUAUCAGGGAGUUAACUUAUAUAUUAAGAACCUGGAUGAUACAAUUGAUGAUGAGAAACUGAGGAAGGAAUUCUCUCCUUUUGGGUCUAUCACAAGUGCCAAGGUGAUGCUGGAAGACGGACGAAGCAAAGGGUUUGGCUUUGUCUGCUUUUCCUCUCCGGAAGAGGCCACCAAAGCUGUAACAGAAAUGAAUGGGCGCAUUGUGGGCUCCAAACCACUAUAUGUUGCAUUGGCACAGAGAAAGGAGGAGCGGAAAGCCCACCUCACCAACCAAUACAUGCAGCGCAUUGCUGGAAUGAGAGCCCUGCCUGCCAAUGCCAUCAUCAAUCAGUUCCAGCCAGCUGCAGGAGGGUAUUUCAUGCCAGCUGUGCCCCAGGCUCAGAACAGACCCACUUACUAUGCACCUAAUCAGAUGACUCAGAUGAGGCCUAACCCACGCUGGCAGCAAGGAGGGAGACCUCAAGGCUUCCAAGGAAUGCCAAACACUAUGCGCCAGUCUGGACCAAGACCAGCCCUACGCCAUCUGGCUCCAGCAAGCAAUGCUCAAGCCUCACGUGGCAUGCCUGGUGCAACCCAAAGGGUUGGGGUUCCUGCCACAGCUCCAAAUUUAGCGCCUCGACCAUCUGUAGCUGCGCAAGCUCCAAGGGCUGUUCCGCCGUACAAAUAUGCCUCCAGUGUCCGCAGCCCCCACCCAGCUGUACAGCCUUUGCAGGCCCCUCAGCCUGCUGUUCAUGUACAAGGACAAGAGCCUUUAACUGCAUCUAUGCUAGCUGCUGCCCCUCCCCAGGAGCAAAAACAAAUGCUGGGAGAACGUUUGUUCCCGCUCAUCCAAGCUAUGCAUCUAAGCCUUGCAGGAAAGAUCACAGGAAUGCUGCUGGAGAUUGACAACUCGGAGUUGCUGCACAUGCUAGAAUCCCCAGAAUCCCUCCGUUCGAAGGUGGAGGAGGCUGUGGCAGUGCUGCAAGCUCAUCAAGCCAAGAAAGAAGCUGCCCAGAAAGUGGGCAUAGUUGCUGCUACCUCGUAACUAGGGAGGCUGGUUGUAGAAAGCCAAAUGAGCCCCCUGAAGAAACCUGAAGCUGUUUAGAGAAUAACAUUAUACUGCACAUUUCAAUAUCAUGCAACAUAAUUCAUUGCCACUGUGUAAAGAAAGUUAAUAUGCCUUAUUUGCAAAAAUAAAAAUUAAAGAAAAA